AGCGAUCUUUAGUCGGGACAUCAGUGACUUGAAAAGACAUCUGUCAGUCAGUGCCACUGACGCCACUGUGAGAACAGACCAAUCGUAACGCCGUUCUGUCCCAAAUCUCUCUCAUUUUAGAAAUUAAAUUUCAACUACCAGUGUUUUCUAAUAAUAAAAACUGCCAGUACAACGGCUCAUGACCACUGUUCACCUAACUACGAAUAGAUUCGUGAUAGAGUUGUUAUAUAAGCAAGUAAACUCUUGGCUGAUGUUGAUACAAAAAUAUUUCCUGAGGUAGCAAGAGCAGCUGAUAGGACACGACCGAACGGUUGCUGACUAUACGGACUCAGGUUUCAAGAUGAUGGCCAUAACGCAGCUGUUAUCAAAUCUGGUCGAGCCCAAGAGCCCGACUUCCCCAUCUCAGCUCUCCCCAAAUUCCCCCAACUGCUCUCCGUCCCUCGUGCGGAGGUUCCCGAGCGCCAUCUUCGCUCCCCAGGCACCGAAGGUGGUGUUCGAGUUCGCCACGCCAGAGGAGUCGCUUGGGAAGGUCGUCGUCAAGAUACUAGAGGACACCGGUGAACUGGGAACUGAGUUCGAAUCACUGGCGACAGGUUCUAACGGUUAUGGCUACCAGGGUUCUAGGGUAUAUGCCAGCUGCAGGAACGAGUGGUGCCUCAUGGGCGACGUCCUCUACAAAACAGAGGACCCCCAGAAGGAGGGUUCCUCCUCCGAGGAAGAAGACGUCACGAUGGAGCUACCGACAGUGUACAAAGGAUACACUGGAAUUAUAGAGACCCAGCAGAGUCCUCACCAAGACACAACUGGGUCGGUGGUGCUCGUCGGUACUGACCUGGACGCAGGUUCCAACACCUGGACCCUGGGACCUCAGUUCAAGAUCUGUCUCGGCGAAUCGCUUAUCAGGUCAGGUCGCGUCGUGGGUCAGGUCACCGAAGGCCUGGAGGUCGCCCACGAGGUGUCCCAACAAUUCGAAACUUCUCCCAGAAUAACCAUCAGUUAUUGCGGUUCUUGCUGAUGCCAGAGUUCAGAGAAGUAAAUAAAUAAAUAAAGGAAAUAAAUAAAUAAGUAAAUGAACAGAUUAAUAAAUAAGUAUAUGAGUAAAUUAAUAAAUAAGUAAAUCAUUGAAAAGUAAAUAAGUAAGUAAAUAAAUAAACAAGUAAAUAAGUAAAAGAGUAAAUUGAUAAAUAGAUAAGUAAAUAAAGACAAAGUAAAUAAAUAAAUAAAUAUAUAAGAAAAAUUACCUCAAAAUUUUCUUUAGUAAAAUAAACUGACAGUGAAGAAAAACAAAAAAAAGUUUGGUAGACAACAUUCUGAGUGCAUACCUCGGGCAAACCCCCGCCCCCUUAACACCCCCCCCCAAAAAAAAAAAGAAAAAGAAAAAAAGAAAAUAAUGAUAAACUAAAAAGUUGGAUCAUGUCCUUGUCCGGAUUUAUUAAAAAGAAAACUACUGUCAGGUCUUCCCAGCCCGGCGACCCACCCCACCUCU